AUGCCCCCAGUACCGCGCAAAAAGCGACCAUUGUCUCUUCUCGCCUGUUUUCUCUACGCCUUUAUUUUGAUCUUCUGCUGGAGUAUUACAGCUAUCUUGUGUGUCCGACCAAUGAAAGGCUCGGGCUGGCACGACUCAUACGCAUCCGUCGGGCCAUGUACCUACUCCGAAGCCGGUAAUGCGUAUGGUUUCGAUUGCGAUGGUUGGGAAAAUAUCAUGACGCAGGGCCAGCUUGCAGCGAAUGACCGAUGGAGACGCACUGUCCGGGUCCUGGGUACUAUCAUGUCUGUCGCUGCCAUCCCUGUGUCUUCGGCGCUGUGCGCUCGGGGUGCGGUGGCGUACAUUCAGAACAGAUAUUCCGGCGAAUUUCCAUUCAGCAAGGUAAUGGCUCUUGCUGAUCGGGGGUGGAUCAAUCCGACGACCAUGGGUCAUGCGCUGUUCGCCCGCGAUAGACGGAAGUACCUUAGCUGGUAUCUGAUUGUUUCCCUUUGUAUCUGUGCCCUCGGAGCAUUGAUCUGGCCCCUGCAGGAGCUCCUCUUAACACAGAAAAGCGUGCAGCUCUUGGUUGUUGAACAUGAAGGCGCCCCAAGCCCAUCAUCAUACGUCCCAGAUGCAGACAUCGCCGGGUUAUCGCAGGUCAACUCAACUUAUGCCAUAGGCGCCACCAGAGCUGCGAUCGAUACGGCUGAGUACUGGGAUAGCCAGCCCAAUAUAUGGCGCGACCCGGAAAAUGCAUGCAACCAAGCAGGUACCUGGGGUCGGUCCUGUAUAAGAGAUCCUCAGAAAGGUGGAACGUUCAUCUUUCCACUAUUGGGAAACAGUACCUUUGUUUCAAACCUCGCUAGUACGUUGAAUACGGGACUGGCAGUGAACCAUGCGUUUCGAUUCAACUCUUCUGUUGACUGCGAAACUGUGCCGGAAAGUACCUAUCCUGAACCAUGCUCAGGCUUCACUGCAUCCACCACGCUCAGCCCGGACUCUGAGUCCGGGGACCAAAUAUUCAAGGUCUGCGUCCCUGGGAAUGUCAGCAAGUUCCCCUGGAACGUGACGCGAAACCGGCAGGAUAUAAGCGAAGAGUUAUAUUUCCAUUUCAAUUCCGCUGGUGUGUCUGCUCUUUCAAAUGCCAGCUCUAGCCUUACACGGCGGUGCACCGCAAACACAACGGCAGGUUACUUCCAGCUGCCGAACAAUCAUAACUCUACAUUUGGGCCCGUACUGGAGGAGUUUGACCUGGCACUUAGUGCGGACACACGAAUGGCGUUUCCUCCGAAAGGAACAUCCUCAAGCAACUAUCCGCCUGAGAAGCUAUUAGGACAUGCCUACCCCAUCCCAGACCCGCCAGAGUCUCCGGCUCUAGGUCCGCUGUUAACAGCUGCAUUGAGUCUCUUCGGUCCAUCGACUUUCUUCUCCACCCGAGCAAACACGAGCGGAUCUGAAAACACAUCCACAACCCCAGACUGCACCGACCCCAUCCCUCUCUACUACGUCGCUUCGCCCACCUUCGGUUCAGCCGGACCAGAAUACGCAGAACUCCCUCGGUGUGCCUCAACCUCACAAUCUGCCUACAACACCGAUCUCAGAGCCUGGCUAGGCGCCCUGUUUCUUCUAGACUCAACAGAAAACUAUAAAUUCCGCGCUAGAGACGCAUUCACACAGGCCGUUUUCUUUGCAAACAAGGCGAAUCUAGCUCAGGCGGCGUCGAUUCCGGACUAUCGCCGGAUUAUUCCGUUGGAUGAAGGUGUUCAAGUUGAGAGGUUGUAUAUGGCUCCGGCAGGUAUUGCGGUAUUGUCUGUAAUUAUUGGGUUGCAUUUGUUGGGGCUGAUAUGGGUGUCGAUUUAUUCGGCGUGGGUUCCGACUUGGACGGAGGUGUUGGAUGCUUUGGCGGUUGCGAGGUUGAGCCAUUAA